GCGAACUUGAAAAGCAUAGGCCACAGUACUCAGCAGUUGGCAAAUCAAAUGAAGACUGCUAUUAUCCUCUUGUCCCUUUUGGGACUCUUGUGCUCUAGUGCUAGAGCACAAUAUGACAGCGGAUUUAAUCAAGGAGGUGGAUUUGGUGGCCCUUCUGGUGGAUUUGGUCAAGGAGUUGGUUCCGGUGGUCCUUCUGGUGGAUUUGGUCAAGGAGUUGGUGCUGGUGGUCCUUCAGGCGGAUUUGGUCAAGGAGUUGGUGCCGGUGGCCCUUCUGGCGGAUUUGGUCAAGGAGUUGGUGCCGGUGGCCCUUCUGGCGGAUUUGGUCAAGGAGUUGGUGCCGGUGGUCCUUCUGGAGGAUUUGGUCAAGGAGUUGGCUCUGGUGGUAAUUCUGGAGGAUUUGGUCAAGGAGUGGGGGGCCCUUCUGGAGGAUUUGGUCAAGGAGGUGGUUUUAAUAAUGGAGGAUUUGGCCAAGGAGCGGGAAGUGGCUUUGGCAAUUCUGGAAAUGCCGGACCAGGAGCAGGUGGUUUUGGAGGAUCACGGGGAAAUGGAUUUGGAGGAGGAGCAGGCAACUUUGGAGGACCAGCGAAUAACUUUGGGGCAGCAGGUAAUUCUGCAGGAGGGAACGGAUUUGGUGGAGCACCCGGUAACUUCGACUUUGGACAAGGUGGCUACGGAGGUGGAUCGAACAAUUUCGCUGGAGCAGAUGGAAUCAACAAUGGAUUUGGUGGAGGGAAAUUCGGUUCUGCAGGAAUAAAUGGUUUAGGAGGUUCUGACUUUGGUGGAGCACAAUCUGCAGGAGGAAGCGGAUAUGGAGGAGGGUCUGCAGCCGCUGCAAGUAAUGCAGGAAACGGAGGAUUUUACGGAGGAGGUACAAAUGGUAAUGGAGGAGGAGCAGGUACUUACAAUGGAGCAGGCUUUGGCAAUUCUUACAAUGACGACGUAGGAUAUGGAAAUUAUUACUCGGAUUCCUUGCCGACAUAUCGAAAUUAUUAUGAUGCAGGUUCAGGAUAUGGAGUAGGUAAUGGGGCAGGUCCAGGAUUAGGAGGCGUUUAUAGUGGAAAUAAUGGUGCUGCUUCAGAUGCUAGCGGAGCGGGAGGUGGCUCAGGUGCAGGAGCAGGAGGCGCUGGCAGUGGAGCUGGUACAGGAGCUGCUAAUGGAGUAGGAGGCGGAUCUGGACAAGGUGCAGGUGCAGGUGCAGCAGCAGCAGCAACCACUGGCAAUGGAGCAAGAGGAGGAGCAGCUGGAGCUGGUAAAGGAGGAAGUGGCGCUGGAACAGGAGCAGGAAAUGGCGCUGGGGCAGGAGCAGGAAGUGGCACUGGAGCAGGAGCAGGAGCAGGAAGCGGCGCUGGAGCAGGAAGUGGCUCUGCUAGUGGAGCUGGUUCAGGAGCAGCUGGAGCUUCAAGCGGAGCAGGAAAUGACUCUGGAGCAGGAUCUGGAGGAGGUGAUAAUACUGGAAUUGGAGCUUUUGGAGGUAGUGCAGGUAAAUGCGGAGGCAAAGGAAGAAGGAAGAUCGGAAACAAUGACAAUCGAUUGACGAAAAUAAACAAAAUUCCAGGAAUGUCUAAAAAGUUAAGAUUCCAAAACCUGAAAAAUAAUAAACCAAACGGUGGAGGUGGAGGUGAUUCUUUUGCUUUGAAUUCCGGGAAUGGAGACGGUCUAAAUAAUGAUGGUGGUAGAGGAGGAGGCAUUUCAAAAGCAAACUCUUUUGCUUUCAACUCCGGAAAUGGAGACGGUAUAAAUAAUGAUGGUGGUAAAGGAGGAGGAAUUUCAAAACCAAACAUUUUUGCUUGGAAACCUGGGAAUGGAGACGGUGUAAAUAAUGAUAGUGGUAAAGGAGGAGGAAUUUCAAAAGCAAACUCUUUUGCUUUCAACUCCGGAAAUGGAGACGGUAUAAAUAAUGAUGGUGGUAGAGGAGGAGGAAUUUCAAAACCAAAUAUUUUUGCUUGGAAACCUGGGAAUGGAGACGGUGUAAAUAAUGAUGGUGGUAGAGGAGGAGGAAUUUUAAAACCAAAUAUUUUUGCUUGGAAACCUGGGAAUGGAGAUGGUGUAAAUAAUGAUGGUGGUAGAGGAGGAGGAUUCUCAAAACCAAACAUUUUUGCUUUGAAACCUGGGAAUGGAGACGGUGUAAAUAAUGAUGGUGGUAAAGGAGGAGGAAUUUCAAAAGCAAACUCUUUUGCUUUCAACUCCGGAAAUGGAGACGGUAUAAAUAAUGAUGGUGGUAGAGGAGGAGGAAUUUCAAAACCAAAUAUUUUUGCUUGGAAACCUGGGAAUGGAGACGGUGUAAAUAAUGAUGGUGGUAGAGGAGGAGGAAUUUCAAAACCAAAUAUUUUUGCUUGGAAACCUGGGAAUGGAGAUGGUGUAAAUAAUGAUGGUGGUAGAGGAGGAGGAUUCUCAAAACCAAACAUUUUUGCUUUGAAACCUGGGAAUGGAGACGGUGUAAAUAAUGAUGGUGGUAAAGGAGGAGGAAUUCCAAAAGCAAACUCUUUUGCUUUCAACUCCGGAAAUGGAGACGGUAUAAAUAAUGAUGGUGGUAGAGGUGGAGGAUUUUCAAAAGCUAACUCUUUUGUAUUGAAUUCAGGAAAUGGAAACGGAGAAAAUAAUAACGGCGAAGGAGGAGUAGGGCUUCCAAAAGAAAAAUCUUUCCCUUUGAAAUGGAGAAAUGGAGGCAAAAGAAAUAACAAUGGGGAUGGAAGAGGAUUUUCAAAAGCAAAUUCUUUUGGUUUAAAUUCAGGAAACGGAUUUGGAAAAAAUAACAACGAUGGAGGAGAAGGAUCUUCAAAAGCAGAUUCUUUUACUUUGAAUUCAGGAAAUGGUGGCAGAGGAAUUUCAAGAGCAAGUUCUUUUGCGUUGAAUUCAGGUAAUGGAGGAUAUGAUGAUGGAAAAGGAGGUGACAAUGGUGCAGGAUAUGGACUAGAGGAUAUUUCUUUGCCUGAUCAAAACUUCCAAAAUGGAGAUUCUCCUUUUAGUUCUUGGGCAGACAGCGGUGCAGGGCAAGACAUAGGGCCUGUUGGACUUCGAAGAAGACCAGAAGGUUGGGGCUUAAGAAGAGGAGCAGGAAAGAGCGAAGCACGGGCAGAAAGUUUCACUGAUGGAGGAGGGGCGGGAGGUAAACCGAGUGCAGGAAGUGUAGGUAAUUAUGAUGCCCCUUCAUCUGAAGAAGAAGAAAGGCUAUGGAAAAUGUUUAAGCUAAUGGAGAAAUGGAUGGAUGCUAAUGGCCAAUACAUCAACAAUGGUGACUCUAAUGCAGUUGGGCAAAAUGGAGAUGGGUCCAGUUCAGCAAUUUCAAGUGCUGCAACUGAACAGGGUGGUGACGGAUUCAGUCUAUCAUCUUCAAGAGCCUCAGCCUCAGAUAAUGGACAAGACGGAGACGACAAUGGAGAAAAUGAUGAUAGUGAUUCACUAUUUAAUAAAUUAAAGGGAUGGAGAGGGAAAUCUAUGAACCGAAUGAAAAAAAUAAAUAAAGGUAUACAAGGUCAGUUAGAUGAUGCAGGUGGAAAUAUGCCAGAUAAACUAAGUGAUGCAGGUGGAAAUAUGCCAGAUAAACUAAAUGAUGCAGGUGAAAAUAUGCCAGAUAAACUAAGUGAUGCAGGUGAAAAUAUGCCAGAUAAACUAAGUGAUGCAGGUGAAAAUAUGCCAGAUAAACUAAGUGAUGCAAAUGGAAAUAUGCCAGAUAAACUAAGUGAUGCAAAUGAAGAUAUGCAAGAUCGGUUUAGUAAGUUUAAAGACAAUAUGAAAAAUAAGUUUAGUGGUUUAGGUUCAGAUAUGAAAAAAAAAUUAAAGAAUGUCCCUGGAAAUGCAAUGCCUCAAGGAAUAGGAGGAGGAUUAAUGAAUGGAGUGAAACCUCUUGGAGGCAUGAAUCUACUAAAGAAAAGACUUAAUGUCUUAAACAGUCGUGGAUUAAAUAGUGGCUUAGGAAAUGGAGAUGGUGGCGAUGGAACAGGAAAUGGUUUCGGAAUUGCAGCAAGUGCAGCAACCAGUGGACCAGGAGGUGGUUCCGCAGCUGCAGCUAGUUCAGCAGCCAAUGGAGGAGGAAAUGGUUCCGGAGCUGCAGCUAGUUCAGCAGCCAAUGGAGGAGGAAAUGGUUCCGGAGCUGCAGCUAGUUCAGCAGCCAAUGGAGGAGGAAAUGGUUCCGGAGCUGCAGCUAGUUCGGCUGCUAGUGGAGCAGGAAAUGGAUCCGGAGCUGCGGCAAGUUCGGCAGCCAGUGGAUCAGGAAAUGGUUCCGGAGCUGCAGCUAGUUCGGCAGCCAGUGGAUCAGGAAAUGGUUCCGCAGCUGCAGCUGCUGCUGCAGCCAGGGGAACAGGUCCAGGUGGCCCCGGAUUAGGACGUGGUUCACAAAUGGGAGGAUUGUAAGAAUUACAUAAAAAGCAUAAGGAAGAAGCAAGAAUGAUUCCUUUUCACGGCCAGACUGCAAAUGUAUGUAAUUAAAUUGUAAUACAUAUUUGUUUUUGAGCAAUGUACAAUUUUCUAAAAUUGAAUAAAACGUUAAUCUUA